AUGGAGAGUCCGAGUGUGCAGGUGAAUUCAGAGGCGGAGCCUUCGUGUCCGAGUGGGUGGAACGCCUCUGGUGUCCCCACGUGUCCGCCCUCCUCAGAGGUCGGAGAUGACCUGGCAUGUGCGGCUCCAUCCUCCGGACCUAAGGCUGAGAAAGAAGUGGCUCGUCCCGCUGUUCCUCCGAGAUCCAGAGUGAAGGCAGCAGAUGUGACAGAUGCAGCACCCGUGCCAGCACCGAGGCGCUCGCUCGCUCCCACACCGGCUCCCAGGACCAGAUGCCUCCGGACCAGCGGCGCCGUCAACACCGAAGACAAGAGCUGUGGUCCGUCUCCUCCGUCUUCUCCUUCCUCCUCCACCAGCUCCAGGGUCAGACCCAGACACCCCUGGCUGUCCAUCAUCUAUCCAGCUCCCUGGACCCAGCCGCCCCCCACUCCCGUCGACCCCCCUCCCCACUACUGGACUCUCCCCCCUUCAGAGUUGCCUUUCUACCGACACAAGCGUCGUCCCAGAAGCAGUCAGAUGAUGAGAGGACGGAUCGAUGAAGACAAGGAAGUUCAUGCCAGUUCUUUCAGGAGGGACAGGGAUUUGGAGUCGCCCCAACCCACAGGAGAGAAGAGCAGUCCUGGACCACAACCCCAGCUGCGCAGGAGCCUCUCUGGACCAGACCACCAGCUGCCCAGGAGCCUCUCUGGACCAGACCACCAGCUGCCCAGGAGCCUCUCUGGACCAGACCACCAGCUGCCCAGGAGCCUCUCUGGGCCAGAACCCCAGCUGCCCAGGAGCCUCUCGGUGCCCGUCCUCUCAUCUGCCUGUCCUCCGACUCCAGUUCCAACCGACAGGUUCUUGACAUCUUCACAAACUCAGUUGGUCAGCAGGGGGCUUCCUGGGCUCCCAACAUCAGAAGCUCCUCAGGCGCUGUCCGCCAGGCGCUCCUCUGCUCCUCUGGUGGAGAGAAAGGUCAGGACAGUUCCGGACGAGGAGGAGCGUGCAUCGCUGGACCGGCAGCUGCAGAGUCUGGAGCUGAGAGGAGCCGAGCUGGAGGGCCGGCUGAAGACCUGCGGCACAGAGGGAGAGGUGGAGCAGAUGAUGGUGGACUGGCUGGGGCUGGUGCAGGAGAGGAACCUUCUGCUGCGCAGAGACCAGGAAAUGGCUCAGCUGAGGCAGCAGGCUCGGCUGGAGGAGCGGCAGGCUGAUGUGGAGCACCAGCUCCGCUGUCUCCUGAACAAGCCAGAGAGCAAGUGGACCGAUGAAGAACGAGCUGGAGAGCAGCAGCUGAUGAACACGCUCAUCUUCAUCAUUGAGGAGAGAAACCAGAUCGUAACUGUCUUGGAGCAGGACCGGCAGAGAGAACGAGAAGAAGACGAGCUUUGGCUCGACAUGAUGAGGAACACGGAGCUGCAAAAAGAAGGACUGGAGGAGCUGAGGAGGUCAAAGGGGAAAUUUAGUCCGACUCAAGUUUUGGAACUGUUGAGUCUUAAAAGAGAGUCAAACCGUGCUGAAGUUGCAUUGUAG